GGCCGGUAGGUUGCGAACGAAGAAACACGCAAUUUCUCGCAGGGCCAAAUAAGGUGAAGUGAUGGACGAUCCGGCCCGACGACAGUCCGCUCCGCGGCAAAAGCGUGUCCCCAGCGCGCGCGCGUGUGUAAAUUGAAUAAUGCCGGCAAUCACUCCGGUCUUCGGAAUUUUCCAAGCAAAGCCUGGAUGGCCGGCUUGAUUGGAUAAUGGUGUUUAACUUUUGCGCUCCUAAAUAGUUAAUAGACAGUCCGCACCACGGUCCGCACAUUCUUCGGACCUGUCGGGGCCCGCCCGGAGAAAGGCUCCAUUUUCAGUUUCCCCGUUGAUCUUAGCUUGGAUAGACGCAACGGCGCUGACGGUGAGGCGCAUUGCAAAAACAGGUGACCCCAGUACGCUGUAGUGGUUCGAAAGGUUCGUCCAAAAGUUGCCACAACACAAACCGCAUCCCAUACGUGCCGUUCCGGCCUAUCAGCUCAGCCACUCAGCCAGCACCGGCCGCUGAGGCCUAGUUCCGGCAGUGACCUAGGAUGGGAAAACUUUUCGCUUCACUGCUGGUUGGCGUCGUCGGCGUAAUCGCACUACUACCGUGCGGUUACGGGUGGCGCGAGUAUCGAAUACGCCGCAGCAUUGACCUGUCGGCGGCCAAUCCGCUCAUCUCGGACGCCCGGCUACCCACCGACCUGGUGCCUGUCAACUACUCGCUGUACCUACACCCCGUGCUCGAACGGGCCACGUUUUCGGGCGCCGUGAACAUCACGAUCGUGUGCACCAAGGCAACGAAUCAGCUUACGCUGCACGCCCACCACGAUCUGCGCGUGGACGAGGUGAACCUCCGGGUGCGGCAGUGUGAAACCGACACCGAGCCGCGUAUACGGCGCAUCGAUCGUGUCCCCAAGAAGCCCCUGCUGGUGGUGUACUUCCACGACGACCUGACGGUCGGGGCAAGCUACGAGGUGCGCAUCGCCUUUGACGGCAGCAUCUGGGAGAACGUGGAAGGUAUCUUCGAGGGAAAGUACAAACAACAAGCGGGGCAACCGUUCAGCCAGGACCCGGCAGCGGACGACCAGCCAAUGGGUGGAGCCGGUGCCGACCUGGUGGCCGACGAGCACAAGUACAUCGGGACGUACCUACGGCCUCAUCACGCGCGCCGCCUAUUUCCCUGCUUCGAUGAGCCCGCGCACAAGACACCGUUCCAGGUGUCGAUCGUGCGCCCCCGAACCCACCACGUGCUGUUUAAUACCGAGCUCGAGCGCUCGGAACCACUGGCCACGAACUCCACGCUCAUGGUGGACCAGUUCAAGCUUACCCCACCGAUGUCCACGUUCACGUUCGGGUUUCUGAUGUCGGACCUGCUGGAGGUGCCACCGCAAGCGGCCGGCUCCGAAGCGGACGAUGAGACGAGCUGCGGUCCGAAGAAGCUGCGCAUCUGGGCCCGCCGAGACUUCCGGGACAGCUUGGUGCAGCUGCGGAAGCGCGUCAAGCUAACGCUAGCGAAGCUGGAAUCGUACUGGGGCGUGGAGUUACCGCUGGAAAAGCUCGACAUCGUGGCGCUACCCGGUUUCACCCACGUCAAACCGGCCGACAACUGGGGGCUGAUCAUAUUCAAGGAAAGUGAACUACAGCAAGGAUACUACGGCCUGGCACAGGAGCUUGUCUACCAGUGGCUCGGUUCGUGGAUCACUCCGCACUGGUGGAGCGAUGCACACGUGAACAAGGCGAUAGCGGGCUUCCUGUCGGCGGACACUGCCAUCAAGAUCGACGGUGGGGCGGAGUUUGAGGGCAAAUGGCCCAUGACGAUCCUGUACUCGAUCUACUACGAGUUCAGCAAGCGCUACCCCCACUCACGCAUCACGGCGAUGAAGCAGGAAACGACCUGCAGCAAGACGGAGCUCGUGCUCCGAAUGCUCAACUACACGCUCGGGGAGGACACGUUCCGCCGCGGGCUACAGAAGUUUAUCCGCAACCGGAAGUACCGCACGUUCUACGGCGACGACGUGUGGGAGGCGCUCACCAAGCAGGCCCACCUGGACCGACGGCUGUGCGAGUCGGCCACCGUCAACGAGCUGGUCGACUCGUGGAUCACCAAGGACCGCAUACCGAUGGUGAAGGUGGUGCGGGACUACGAAAAAGGUACCGCUGCCGUCACGCAGCGAUUGUAUCUGCGCGAGCGCCCACACGACGUACCGGAGCAGGACAAAAUGCUGUGGUGGAUCCCGUUAGUGGUGGUCACGCAGGAUACGCUCGAUUUCAGCAACACCAGCGCCACCAAGUGGAUGAAGCAGACGCGCGAGGUCGAACUCGAAGGGCUACCUACGGGCGAUCGGUUCAUUAUCGUCAAUCCGGAAGAGAUCGGUCCGUUUCCGGUGAACUACGAUCAGCGCAACUGGAACCUGCUGGCGAGCUACCUGCAGACGGAUGAAGGGCGGCGACGGAUUCCCGUCUACACCAAGGCCAAGCUGCUGCACGAUGCGUGGAAUCUGGCGUACGCCGGGGACCUCAACUUUGCCACCGCCUUCAACAUGACCCUGUUUAUGAUGUACGAGCGUAACCAUCUGGUGUGGAACCCGGUGUUCACGCUGAUUGACCACAUCGGGCGCCACAUCGACAUGUCGGCGGUGCACAAAAAGUUCGAAACGUACGUGCGAACGCUGCUGACGCCACUGUACGAGGAGCUGGUUGGCAGCCAGUCGGACGAGGAGGAAAUGUGGAAGGUGAACCUGCGGUCACUGGCGAAGAACUUCCUGUGCCGCGCCGGCUACAAACCGUGCAUCGAGGAGGCGCAACGUGCGUUCCGCAAGUGGAUGGACAGUGCGGAACCGGACAUCGGCAACCCUGUCGCGAACCAGUACAUUUGUCCCGUGUUCAAGUGGGGCACCCGCGAAGAAUGGGAGUUUGGUCUGCAGCGUGUCAUCAACUUCCCCGAGUCGCGGCUGAAAAGUGAGCGCACGUACCUGCUCAAAACGCUGGCUGGCUGCCCGAGUCAGGCGUCCAAAAUCGAUCGGCUGCUCACCAUCACCGUGCUGGAGGACAAUGGCAACUUUACCGAUAACGAUGUCAGUCUGAUCUUCAAGAUGUUAUCCGGUGGCUCCACCGGCUAUACGACGCUGUUCAAUUUCCUCAAAACCAACUGGGACACAAUCAAACUGCGCUUCAAAGAUCGGGAAUCGCUCUGGGAUAACAUGAUCAACUCGGCGACCGGCCUGUUCACUACGCAAGAGGGCUACGAUAUGGUCUCGCGGCUCUACCUGCAGCACCAGGGUGAGUUCGAUACGGCUGAGCACAUUAUCGAGAAGUCGCUGAAAAACAUCAAGGAGGAGACGAAGUGGAGUGACGAGAACCUGCCCGUCAUCGAGAAGUGGCUCGACACCUUUAUGGCCAAUAACAGUGCAGCGAGCCAGAAAUUUUUCGGCUGACGUAGCCAACUUGUAAGGGUUUUGAGAAGAAGAAAAAAAACGUUCUCAAACUAUAUCGUACCACGCGGUACCAUGAAUUAGUAGCGCUCAAUCUAAGUAACGUGUCUGGGGCGAGCUAGCGAGCUUCGGGCUGAUAACGAGUGUGGGACGGGUUCCUCGAUCCAUUCUGAUGGUGCUACAGGAUCUUGUUCUCGUUCAGAGGCUUUGUUUGAAGUUUUCCGGAACCAAGUAGUCCGGAGUAGAAAGGAAAACCCCGUAACGGUUAUGCUAGGCACACAGGAGGAUCACCGGAGGAGGUCACAUCGAACAUCAUAAAAUAAAUCGAAUAAGACGCAGGCU